CCCUCUAGAGAUGUCUCUCACUCUACCGAUGGAUAUCGGGCGAUAUCAACCCGGGACUUCAAUUCGAUUUCGGGGGGGUCGGCCAUCUGCUGUAGCCACAGCCAGAGCCACGUCAUAUUUGUGUGCCGCUGCCGAGCGAGCUGCGCGAGCUGGCUCUCUAUUUUUCCUGCGGGUUUUUUUUACGUAAAAUCACAUCCCCGCGACCGCAGACAUGAAUAUAUUCCGACUACUGGGCGAUUUGUCGCACCUUUUAGCCAUUAUCGUACUACUCCUCAAGAUAUGGAAGACACGGAGCUGCGCCGGUAUCAGCGGCAAGUCGCAGAUCCUCUUCGCGAUUGUUUACACCUCCCGUUACCUAGACCUGUUCACCACAUACAUCUCGGCGUACAACACGUUCAUGAAGAUCGUAUUCAUUGCCACGUCCCUCGCUACGGUCUUUUUGAUGUACGUCAAGUUCAAAGCAACAUACGAUCAUAAUCACGAUACGUUCAGGAUCGAGUUUCUGAUCUUACCCGCGUUUGUUCUGGCAUUGUUAAUCAAUCAUGAGUUUUCCUUCGUCGAGGUCCUGUGGACAUUCAGCAUUUACCUAGAAUCAGUGGCAAUACUACCGCAGUUGUUCCUGGUCUCAAAAACAGGUGAGGCGGAAAGCAUCACCAGUCACUACCUGUUUGCAUUAGGAUCGUAUAGAGGCCUGUAUCUGUUCAACUGGGUCUACCGCUACUAUGCCGAGGAUCACUACGACUUGAUCGCUAUAGUCGCCGGAUUGGUGCAGACAGUUCUCUAUUGUGACUUUUUCUACCUCUAUAUUACCAAAGUACUCAAAGGCAAGAAGCUACAACUACCUGCUUAGCUUCGGUUGAGAGUAUCCUCUUGUAUCUGAGAGAACAUUUAACUGCCUUCGCGGCAUCGCCAAUUCGGGAUAAAUUCAAGUAAUCCUGGAAGGCUCGUGAAACGUGCACGGUAGUGUAUGUUUUCCACUAAGUACGUCUCUGGCAGCAGUGUAUCCUCCCUUUCCAAACACUUCCUUCCUUCUCUCGUGCGAUGCCAUGUGCUGCGACCUCCCUUCCAGGACGAGAAAGUUGCUCUAAGUUUUGCCUUUAUUUUUUUUCGUCUAUUUGCAUUUCAAGAAUUGUACAUUAUUACAAGAUCAGGACAGUUUAAAUUUGGCAAUUAAACUUGAAUUUGGAAGCAAAAUAGGGGUAAAAAAGAGAGGACAUAGAACUUUCAUUUAUAUUUACAGUUUAUAUUGUAACUAUCAAUAAAUAUAGUUAAUAAUUAAAUAUA